CGAGAUCUCGCGUCUCCGCUCCACAACGCGAGCGGUCGCUGGGUUUCCGUGCUGUCCGGUAAGCCGUGCCGUUCAGCGCCGAGGCGGAAUGUGACGGUCCGUCACCGCUGUGACUCACCCCGGAUUGCUGGGAUUCGCUUCAGUCAGACGCGGAAGCGAGGAAUGCCAGGGCCGCACCGUGGUACUCACCCAAGAAGGAAGGACAUGAAACCGGCGCUCCAGUGACUCAGGAUCGCUGCUGUGCUAAGCUAAGCUAGGCUAGGCUAGCGGUAUCCGUCAUUUAGUUAUCAUUCAACUGAAACAAAACCACAAUGGCGUUAAUCCUUUUUUCAAGAUCCCGGUCUCCUCUAAUUAAGACGUCCAGGUCAUUAAACAAAGAGCUGAGAAGAGGCCAGCUGUCAGAUGCGAUCUGUUUUCAGUGCACAGCUCUCAGAAUGACAAGCCAGAGGACCGAAGGGCUCAGAAGUGGCGCCUUUUCCCCGCUGUUCUUCAGCCCGUCUCCUGGCAGCUUUCGGCAGUCCCCGGGCGCGUGGCGGCUGUACUGCGGCCAGGUGGCGGGUCCCCCUCCCGGCCCCCUGGGGACGUGGGCGGCCUCCGUCCCCGUGCGAUGGUGGCACGGCAGCGCCCGGCUCUGCGACGACUCCAAGGUGGAGAAGUCCCUCAAGUCCCUGAAGGACAAGAACAAGACCCUGGAGGAGGGCGGUCCGGUGUACAGCCCCGUGGCCGAGGCCCCGCUGGCUCGGCGCUCCCUGGGCCAGCGCGUGCUGGACGAGCUGAAGCACUAUUACCACGGCUUCCGGCUGUUGUGGGUGGACACCACCAUCACCGGGCGCAUGCUGUGGCGGGUUCUCCACGGGAACGUGCUGUCCCGCCGCGAGAGGCGGCAGUUCUUGCGUACCUGUGCGGAUGUGUUCCGGCUCCUGCCCUUCCUGGUCUUCAUCAUUGUGCCCUUCAUGGAGUUUCUACUUCCUGUGGCCCUGAAGCUCUUCCCUAACAUGCUGCCUUCCACCUUCGAGACACAGUCCAAGAAGGAGGAAAGACUGAAGAAGGAGCUGAGGGUUAAGCUGGAGAUGGCCAAGUUUCUCCAGGACACAGUGGAGGAGAUCGCCCUGCGCAACAAAGCCGCUAAAGACAACGUGACUAAGGAGUUCUCUACUUUCUUCCAGAAGAUCCGGGAUUCCGGGGAGAGGCCAAGCAAUGAGGAGAUCAUUCGCUUCUCCAAGCUGUUUGAGGAUGAGCUGACACUGGACAACCUGACGCGGCCCCAGCUGGUGGCCCUGUGCCGACUGCUGGAGCUGCAAUCCAUCGGCACCAACAACUUCCUGCGGUUCCAACUGAUCAUGAAGCUGCGCGCCAUCCGCACCGACGACAAGCUGAUCGCCGAGGAAGGCGUGGACAGCCUGAAUGUCAGCGAGCUGCAGGCAGCGUGUCGGGUGCGAGGCAUGCGGGCACUGGGUGUCACCGAGCAGAGGCUGCGCGAUCAGCUCAGACAGUGGUUGGAGCUGCAUCUGGAUCAGCAAAUCCCCACCUCACUGCUGCUGCUGUCCAGAGCAAUGUUCCUACCGGACACUCUGUCCCCGGCUGACCAGCUUAAGACCACCCUGCAGACGCUGCCGGACGUUGUGGCUAAGGAAGCCCAGGUGAAGGUGGCUGAGGUGGAACUCUCCAAGGUGGACAACAGGACCAAAGUGGAGACCACGCUGCAAGAGGAGCUGGCCAUCCAACAGGAGCAGCGGGAGAGGCUGGCCGAGAAGGAGGCGGAGCCUGUUGCCGCCAAGGCACAGGUGGCUGGAGAGCCUGAUCAAGAGCUGGUCAGUGUGGACACCACCAUCCAUACAGAGACCCUGAAGGACACCGCCCCCGUUCUUGAGGGCAUCAAGGGAGAGGAGAUCACCAAAGAGGAGAUUGACAUGCUGAGUGAUGCUUGCACCAAACUGAAGGAGCAGAAAAAGCUACUGACUCUGGAAAAGGAGGAGCUGGAGGAGCUGAAGGACGACGUGCAGGAGUACAACGAGGACCUGGAGGAGAUGAAGAAGGAGCUGUCCAAGACUGGCCAGGAGGCGGAAGUGCAGGAGUCAAAGGCCAGCAAGCGCCUUUCCCGAAGGGUCAACCUCAUGAUCGGCCGCAUCGACAGCAUCAUCGACGAACUGGACCAGGACAAGGCGGCGCUGGAUGGACAGAUGGACAGCAGGGCGGCGCCACCUCUGGGCUUGUACUUCAACUUUAGGGAGAACCUCAUCAGCAUCGACGAGCUGAUCACCAUCAUGCGGCAGAUCCAGAACAUUCCGGAGCAAAAGCUGCAGAGCAUCGCUGACGCGCUGGACGAAAACAAGGAUGGCAAGAUCGACAUCGAUGACGUCAUUAAGGUGGUGGAGCUGAUCGACAAGGAGGACAUAAACAUCUCCACCACGCAGAUGGCUGAAAUCAUGGCGAUGCUGCAGAAGGAGGAGAUACUGGUGGAGAAGGAGAAGGCCAAAGAGAAGGCGAAGCAGAAGGAGGAGCAGGCUGUGGAGGUGCAGAGCUGAGUCCGUGUCUGAGCCUUAGGGGGCCAGACCGAGUCACAGCAUGCCGCGCAAAUGAGGCCUCGCGUUGGACUCCCGUCAUUAGACAGACAUGUACAAUUCACGUGUGAGCAGGAAAUGUGCACCUCCAUGUUUAGUUCCAAUCUGAUAAAUCUGAUUAAUACAUUUAAGCCAGAAUGCUAAGGAUGGAUAGUAACGUUUGAGUCUGUUUGCCUUUCAUUAAUAUUCAUAUUUGGGAAUGAAAACAUUUUAAACAUUUUGCUGCAUAGUGUAUCAUCAUAUCAUCAUUAUCAUCAUUCCAUAAAUGCAAAUUAUGAUUAGGGGUCCAAGCAUGUAGAAAUUUGGUUCUAUGACUUGCUGUCCGUGACACAUUGGCCAGAACAAAAGAGGCCUCCUUUGCUUGCCAGUAGGUGGGGUUCUGCACGCCCCCACAAAAUGUUCUAGUUUUUAUGGCCUUAGCUGCCCAUUGGAUUUUAGGGCAAAAAAACAUUUGAAGAAAAGCUAGUGGGGCCAGCUACAUAAGCAUUGUGACCCCCAGUGACGCCCAAAAUGCCACGCCCUUCACCACGCCCAUCUUAAACCAACCGCUCUAACUCGAAUGCUUUGGCCAGUCUUCAGGCCAACAUUGGCAGGCAUAUCGAAGGAGGUGCAGCAAAACUGGUGUGAUUACAUCCAUAGAGGGUGCUAUGACAUCUGUAUUUGUAAAACCACUGGACCAAUCCAGUCCAUACCGCCUUCGUCUUAGCCUAAGUCAAUAUGUACAGUGAUGUAAUGAUACUGGAAAAGCACAUGACCGGCAUCAGCCAAUAGGAUUUCGGCAGCCAUUUUACAUGCUAUACGACGCUACGUGGACCAUAUGCUCGCUCAUUAAUCUGUGUCUCUGAUCUGCUCAGAAGGUCCUGCUGGCCUGCGGUGCUUGGACCUGGCUGAUCACCUCUUAUUUAUUAUUUUGCUUCUGACAUCAGAUCUAAUCGUCAAUCAUUAAAUGUAGUUAAUGAUUAUUCAAAUCACGGUCCCCGAGGUCCGAGCACUGCUGGUUUUCCAGCCCUCCUUUACCUGUCAGUCAGGUGUGAAGCCUCUGACCAAUCAGAAUCAGUAAUUAUUAAACUAACUACCUGGGAGAACUGAAAACAAGGCCUGGAUUUGGAAUCGAGGUCCAGAUUUGAAGAGCCCUGUUCUAGGCUGUCCAUUGUGCAGUGUGUUAAUUGCUGUCUAUCCCAACACACUUACUUUUGGGGCAAAGUGACACGCUUGGAUGAGACGGAUGAGAAGACUCUCCUGCCACUGCAGGGUUUCUCCUCGCAUGUACCUGUGUAUCCGUUUUGUGUACGUGCGAGGGAGGGGUUUGUAGCGCCGAGUCUCUGAUUUACCAAAGGUGAAAGGGCACUUUGUCGUAGGAGUUGUGAUGUUAGAACUGUAAUCGGUUCGUUUGGUCUGGCCUGAUGUGUUGGAAAUCAUCUGUUUGUAUUGCUUAGGUGUUAUUGGGUAAACCCAAGCAGCACAAGGCUGCUUUGUCCUCAACAAUCGAGCUGUUCUCUUGGGAGUAACUUGAGACUUGUGGCUACUGGCAGCUGAAGCAUUGCUUCAUGCUUUUUUGGCAGUGAUUGCGUGACGGACAGGAAGUCCCGCCCCCUGGACGUAUGUGUGUCAUUGGUGUUUGAGAAGAUUUGCUUUUUAGCCAGUGGUAUGCAGCCCCUUGAUGGCACUGCUUGCUUCCCGUCCGGAUUUCUUUAUAAAAUGUUACUCUUUACAGAUAAAUCAUGGCAUGUCUCCUGGGGUGUGGACAUCAGCUUGGUGUUCAGCCGUAACAGUGCUGUGAGCCCCUUUAUGAACAGAAAAGGCCUAUAUUGGGCUGCACUAUGAUCAAGCGUGGCUUUUAAUUGUGUUUUUUUUUUUUUGGACUCAGGUUUAAAUGUCUUCUGCAGGCAGCUGUAGGGAGAUGGGAUCCGUCCGAAGUGAUGUGUAGUGUUUGCUGCACUGGGUGUUUGACUGAAAGAGGGGUAUCAAGAAAUGAAUGCAAAAGACCUUAAGCAGUUUUGUUCGGGAAUUUGGUGUCAUUUUAAUUUGCUAUUAAUUAGAUAAUAUUUCUUAUUGUUUUGAAAGAUGAACUCUUGAUUCUGAAGGUGUUUUCCAGUUUUUGGGAACUGUAUGGGGUGAAAUGUUUUGGUGCGCAGUGGCCUGUGAGAUCUCAAAGCCGCUUAGCACUGCAUUAAUUUUCGCUCCCUGCCCAAUUUGUCUGCAUCACUUUUGCGCAGGAAUGCAAUGAGUACUGCUGUAAAUGUCAGUAUAUAUUUGAAUUUAGUAUGAAAAUGCUGGAUGCAGUCUUACAUUUAUUCCUGAAAUAAGCAUUUCAGAAUUACUAUAUCCAGCAUUUUGUACUAUUUAAUGCAAUUAUAUUUAUAUCAGUUUUAUUUAAAAUAUUUAACAGAUUGACUGACACCAAGGAAUAAUCCAUCAAAAUAUCAGAUAUAGAAAUUGACUAAAAUUCUCAAUUUUGAAGCUACUUUAAAUCAGUAGCUGUGUAUUUUAGAAUAUUCUCAAGCUGCCUUGUCAUAUUUGUAAAUGUUCAUAUUUACAUACUAUGACAGAAUUUAUUUUAAUUCAAUAAAGUUUGGUUCCUAACUGA